UCGCUUUCAUUUCGCACGCCGCCACUUCGUCGAAAUAAGCCUAUGCUAUUAUCUCUUGUUGAUGAAAAUCGACAAGAGGAUUCCAUUUAGUGAAUCGGUUCAAAUCCUUACAAAAAGACUCUAUAGCUGUCUUCUUCUCCUGAAGGAUACAUGCUGCAUGGCCAAAUCCACAAUCCUGCCUUCUGAUGUUAUUGUUAUUUUCUUCUUUCUAUAAUAAUUAAUAUAGAUGAAUAAAGAUAGCUGCAGCUAACUGACAACUGACCUUCCUCCCUUUGUUGUCUCUAUCUCAACCAACUCCGAUCACUCAUUCACGCUUGAGUUCAUCUGUGAUUUGAGAGUCCCCCUGUGUCAACCCAAUAAAACCCAUCACCUUCCUCAACCCAUUCACUCACUUCCAUGUACAAGAACCAGCAUUGACCCUUUUCACUCUCUCUCUUUCAAGACUCUACACACACAAAUUCAUUCAUGGGGAAUGCAACUUCCUGUGCUCCAUCCAUCCUCAUAAGUGGGUCAUCGGUGGCGAAAGUUUUGUCCUCUGAUGGCAGAAUACAAAUCUACACGAGGCACGUCAGAGCGGCCGAGCUCAUGCUUGAGAACCCGGGCCAAUUCCUCUGCAACUCCUCCACCCUACGGGUUGGCCACCGGAUCCACGGCCUCUCGGCCGACGAGGAGCUCGAGCUUCGCCGCUUCUACUUCCUCCUCCCCAUGGAGCUCCUCUACUCUGUCCUCACCUAUGAAGAGAUGAGUGCCCUCACCUACAGAGCCUCCAAGGCUCUCAAGCAUGGGAGCUUCAACAACCUGAGCAAGAUCUUCCCCGCGUUCAGUGAAUUCUGCAUCUUCCCGUCUGAGGCUAAGAAUAUGGAGGGUUCAGAUAGAGAUGAUGUUGUUGAACCAAUUGAGAGGUACUCAAAGCAGAGGUCUUGGAGGCCAGCUCUGGAGACCAUCGUUGAGACUCCAUGUAGGCUAUGAUAUGAUCAAUUAGCUCAAGUUUUCUUACUCUUUUUUGUUUUUUUUUUUUUGUUGGGGGGGGGC